ACCUCACAGGAGUCGGAGAACUUUAAUUUUUCUUUUUUUCUGGAAGGGGGUUUUCUCGUCGAGGGUAGUUUUGGUAAAACGACCUGCUUGCCCGGAGCACCUGGUUUUUCCCGUCAAUUUUUCCACUUCCGCCGGCGCUUCCGUCAAGCGGCCGCCGAGGAACUCCCGCGGCGCUCUUCGUCCUUCUUCCGGCAGAUCCGUCCGUUUUUAGGCCGUCCCGUCGCCGAUGAUCCCCCAACUUCACCUGGUUGAUGGAAUAUGAAGAGCUUGGGUGUCUAAUGAUCAAUCUCGAUACAUAGUCCCAUUUGUCGCUACAAUUGAGGCUUACGUAGGGGACUGAGGGUAAUACGCUUGACUUUCAGGAUUAUAUGAUGAUUUCCCUCUGCAUAUCGUCGUGUUUACUGGAGGACCUGUAUGCUGUACUGGAAGUGUGAGAGCAUCUAGAGAAUUGGUAGCCCAGGGACGUGCCUAGCCUGAUAUGGAAGAAGAGAUACAUGGCUUGGAGAGAGGGGCAUAUAAUGCCGUCCUGAAAGCUUUUAUUGCUCAAUCAGAUGAUCUUUCUUGGACCAGGUUCUUCAAUGAAAAUGACCCGCUGAGUUCUUUUCAGUCCAAAGAAAAACUCAUGUCUGAGUUAAGGAAGGAGCUUAGGGUUUCAGAUGUUGAGCACAGAGAAAGCUUAGCUAUAGUUGAUUCAGAUGAUUUGCUCAGACUUAUAAGGGAGUGGAGGACAGGAGGUGCCAGGCCUCAGGAACUUUUACCAGUUACUGCUGGUAUGGUUUCUAGUUCAACAAGUCUAUCCCGCAAGAAACUGAAAACAGCACAUCUCACCACGGCAGCAUCUCCAAACUGUUUGCCUUGGGUGCAAUCCACAUCAGCACUCCCUUCAGGCCAUCUUGUGGUUUCGUCGUCAAAUUAUAUGCUGGCCCAUACACAAGCUUCACCUGCAGCAAUUCCUUCUGUGCAUAAGAGAGACAACAAAUGGAUUGAAGAAAAACCUGUAAAUCAAGGAAAGACUGAAGGGGCUGUGAAACCUGUGCCAGGCAAAGGAAGGGGAGCUCUUAAAGUACAUUUUGGCAAGAAUUAUGCCCCUUUACCAGGUGGUGGUGUCAAGAAAGGCACGGACAAGAUUGAAAUUCGUGACACACGCAUAAUUCUUAAUGAGGUUGAAAGGGUAUGUGGAGUAGCAAGUCCUGAUCCUGUUCUGGUAGAGAAAGCCAAAUCGAUUCUCAAAGAACACGAGCAAUCCCUCCUUGAUGCUAUUGAAAAGCUUGGCAGUAUGUCAGAUUUUGGUGUUUCUCUGGAACAAGGUUAUACUCAAGGUGAACGCUUGAGGACCUAUGGAAGUGAAGGAUCUGAUGGCGAUCAACCUGAUAAGGCACACAUCAAAUCUGCUGAUCGUCGAAGAAAGCAAUAAAGGCCAAAGCUUUUUAUUUGUAUCAUAUGGAAGCUGAUCUGUAAAUUCCCCAUGCCAUUUAAUCACCCAAGAUGGUAUCCUUUUUUGUACAUUCCAAUUAAUUAGGUUCUACAGGUAAGACCACUGUGUUUUGUCGGGGCCUCUUUCUGCGCUAGGUUAAGUUGUUCAUUGUGACCCAUUCUCUUGCCACAGCAUCUGUAUCCUUAGUUGCUUUGUACUUUUACAAAGAAAGUGAUCGAUAUUUUCAUUUCUC